GUUGCAAGUUGGCCUUCAUUACAACACCUCCAAAUACUCCUCUUUCUCAGUUUAGUGUGCUUCUUUCUUUGUUUCGGGCUGAGCUCUUUUAUAUUGAAGUGAUUGCAUUGAGAGAGCAAAUAGCCAGUAGUGUUGUGGUGCGCCCUUUAUUCACAAUGGCCAAAACAAACAAAUACUCUGUGAUCCUUCCCACCUAUAACGAACGAAAGAACCUACCUAUCAUUUGCUGGCUUAUUGAGAAGACAUUCCGAGAAAACAACCUCGACUGGGAAGUCAUCAUUGUCGACGACGGUUCCCCCGAUGGCACCCAAGAAGUCGCAAAACAACUCCAAAAGGUCUGGGGCACCGAACACAUCAUCCUCAAGCCACGAGCAGGCAAGCUCGGUCUUGGAACUGCCUACGUCCACGGUCUACAAUUUGCAACAGGAAAUUUCGUGAUUAUCAUGGAUGCCGAUUUCAGUCACCACCCGAAAUACAUCCCUAAAAUGAUCGAGAUACAGAAAGAAACCAAUGCGGAUAUUGUGACAGGUACGAGAUACGCAAAGCGUGGUGACUUACGAGGUGGUGUCUACGGGUGGGAUUUGAUUCGGAAAUUCACUUCUCGAGGCGCCAAUCUCAUCGCGGACGUCAUGUUGAUGCCCGGCGUGAGCGAUUUGACGGGCAGUUUCCGGUUGUACAAGAAGAGUGUUUUGGAGAAGGUCAUCAUAAGCACAGAGAGCAAAGGGUAUUCCUUCCAGAUGGAGAUGAUGGUCCGCGCGAAGGCUCUCGGCUACAAGGUUGAAGAAUGCCCCAUCACCUUCGUUGACCGUCUGUAUGGAGAUAGUAAGCUUGGUGGAGAUGAGAUUGUAGGGUAUCUCAAGGGCGUCUUCAUGCUGUGGUUGAAGGUCUAAUUGGAACUGUUUCUCUAUUUCCUCAUAUAACUAUUAUUAUAAUGCUGUCUUGCUGAUAAUGAGUCUAAGGCUUGAUGGAUAGUUUCAUCAUCUUCUCGUUAAGGCUCUCUUCCCGAACACUCCCUCUAUGUUUCUGACGAGCCUAUUCUGCUUUCUCCAAGGAUUUCUGCGACUAUACUUGUCCUCAUACUUUCUCAUCUGUUGUGAUUGCGACCUUAGUGGAUUUAUUUUGUGUACAUUAUUUACCUUCUAUUGCUUCUGACAGUAUGAGCAGUGCCUUUGAUUUCCAAUACUCCGAUCAUGCGGAUUUUGAUACCUU